ACCUUCUUCAAUGGCCAACUGAAUCACAUGUACUAUUGAUUGGAAACAGCGACUUUGUAUCCAAAACCAAUACGACACCGUCGAACUUAAUAAUUCUUCACAUUUGUUAUUAAUUAUUAUAGAUACAACCAAAUUACCAGGUCAACUUAUAAAAUUCCCCAAGAAAUCUCCAAGUCGGCAACAUUAACAGGAGAGGUAAUAGAGCCGAUCCUCUAAGUACGGGCUUGUUGUUAGCUCUACUAAAUCCUGCUCAUCUCAUAUAACAACAAUACUACCCUGGCAGCUAAGCCUAGUACCCUAUCGAACCGACAACCAUGAAUACUACAAAGAGAAAAUUCAACGCCUUGUUACAAGGGAUCGGCGCAAAGCCAAUACCUCCAUCACCAGCAGCAGUUGAACAGACAAACAAAUCCUCUUCAUCUCUCGACAGACCUUCGACUCCAACCGCGAAAUUAAUACCCAACGAUAUAACAACACCGACGCCGACACAGACACAGACACAGACACAGACACCAGGAAUGGCUGGUAUAGAUAUACCCACAACCCCAAGCAAUUUUCUAAGUAAACGCCGACGCGUAGGCGUGCUUGAAUCGACGACGGGAAAUGAAAAACCAAUUGGAACCAAAACCACGAUUUCAAAUGUUGUAUUGAAGAAAUGGACACCAGGAGGUAGCACGAUUUCUCCUAGCAAAGGAACGAAAAACGAACCACCAAAAUACUGCCCCGGCGAUCGUGACGAGUUAAUAAGGCGACUAGGGACAUUUCAAGAAUUAACAGAAUGGACACCCAAGCCAGAUAAGGUCAAUGAAAUCGAAUGGGCUAAGAGAGGCUGGGUCUGCCAGGGAAAGGAGCGUGUACGAUGCACUUUAUGUCACAAAGAACUAGUAGUCAGGAUCAACAAAAGGGAAGAGGACGGCAAGGAAGUCCCGGUUAUUGUUGGUUCGGAUAUCGAGCAAGCCUUAGUUAAGAGGUUUGUCGAAUUGAUUGUUCACGCGCAUCAAGAAGAUUGCUUAUGGAGAAAACGAGGCUGCGACGAUUCUUUGCUCAGAUUACCUCUGGCGAGUCCUCCGACAGCUCUUGCGUCCCUCCGUCAACGAUAUGAUGAUCUUUGUGCGCGACAAUCCUUCCUCCCCUACUUGUUUAACCUACGUCUGCCAGCAAAUCUCGAUCUGCAAGCCACCAAAUCUCAACUCACACCAACUUUCUUUACCGAUCCUCCGCCACCUAGUACAAACCCUUCAGCCCCGAACGAUGUAGCUCUAGCCCUAGCCCUUACAGGUUGGCAAGGUCUUACAAACCCACGUGUUGGCGCAGUACCAAAUUCAGCGACUUGUGCAACUUGUUUACGACGUCUGGGUUUAUGGAUGUUCAAGAGCAAAGAGGUGGAUGAAGCUACAAACCAGAUCCUUGUUCCAGCUCCUAUGGACUACCUUGAUCCUGUGCGCGAGCAUCGGUUUUUCUGCCCUUGGAGAAAUGCCAUUGCCCAGCACAACCCAGGUGCCAAAACAUCGGACAACAAGACCGCUUGGGAGGUUCUAGUUCAAACAAUCAAGAAUCACUCUUACCUUCGCGCACAAGCAGAGAAGAGCACCUUGCGUUCUAUUCUCCAUCGACCCACAGCAUCAGUUCCGAUAACACCGACUAAGGGAGGAAAGGCAGACCGAGAUGAAGGAUCACCCAUGCUAGGAUCAGAGGCAGGCGAUGACGAGGAAGACACAACCGCCAGAGAUGCAAAGGACAAGGAAAGAUGGGCACGGCUAAGAAGGGUGAAGAGCCUAUUUGAUACAAAGAACGGAAAGAAAUUACGACGAACGCUGAGUCGACCGGGUACAGCUUCGAGCCGGCCCCCUACCGCACACUCUCGACAAGGCAGCGUACCACCUGAGACAGCCGGAGAGAAGAAAUAAAGGGAACACAUCAUAAUGGUAUAAAUUGUGUUUCGGGGUGUUGAACAAACACUCGUGUACUAACUAAUGUGUUAAUAUUGUAAGGAUACCCAGACCUACCUGUGUAUAUCACCAUUAGCCUAGCGAAUGUCUAUUUGGAAUAAUCUUGAUUUAUAUGGAAUGUCUCUUUGAUCAAAUACAGAUUCGAAACUGCGGCGUGCCAAUUCCCCUGGUGAUCACUACUUCCCCUACGAAGUUCCUUUCAAUGCGCUUUCGAAGUAAUCAAACUCGUGUUACUACUAUUCCAUUAAAAAAUAGUCUGCUUUCGUUAGUGAGAUACACAAAGACGACAGUCUUUGUGUUGGCUAAAUAUGACAAAUGACUUGUCUAGUGAGUUGGAGUAUUAGUAAACAUUGUAUUCGUAAUCC